CUCUGGGGCUUCGCGCGCCAGCUCAGGCAGAGCUGAGCUGAGCGGAAUCUUCACCUUGCUUGCUUUUGCUAAACUGUUGCCUGCAAAGGAGGAACCAGGGACUUAACUAAUUGAGGCUGCUUCUAUUCAAAUGUUCCAAAAGGGCAUCUACACAGCCAGAGACUUGGCGGUGCUCUUUGCAGCUUAGAAGAAACGGGCAUCAGAAACUGCAUUCUGGAGCUAUACUCCAGAGAUGCUCCUGAACAAGUUGUCUGCAGGUGCAAGCUUCAAGGGGGAUAUUUAAAUCGCCAGCCGUACUCAUUCUGUGACUCAGGAAAGGAAAACUAAUCUGUUGAAGAAUCCUAACAGUUGAGCCCUGACCAGUUGUCAGCAUCUCUGAGACCUUCUCCUCCUCUUCCUCUUCCUCCUCCUCCUCCUAAGAAUCAGUGGGUGUGACAACACCUUCCCUUCAGCCUACCACAAGGAAUUGCCACAAAGCUGUAGACAAUUCAUUUCCUGUAUUCUUAUAUCCUUCAAGCUGGGAAUCUGCCAGGAGCAUUACAGUCUCCAACCUUAGAGGACACUGACAAAUUCAGACAUAACGGGUGAAAACUGAAUGCUGAGCCUGAGAUACCCAAAACCUUUUGCAAACAGUCUCACAGAAGAACCCAAUUAAAUUUACACCAUCAGUCUGAAGAGCUAGGUGAGCCGUAGAUAAAAGGAGCCUUUUAUCCUUUUCCAAAAAAAGCAAAAUUCCUAGGUGAUUCUUGUCUCCAUGCCAGUAUUAUAAAGCAGUUUUACCAUAUUUAUUUUCACUGGUGUAAAAUUAAGAGUGUGAGAACUGAAUAUAGAUUGAUUUAUUUAUUUAUUUUUCCAAUUAUUUAGCUAAACUUGCUAAGACGAUCUGAUAAACCAAUUAAGGAGAGGGCUGCUUGCUAGAGGGAAGGGAAGCGCAACAAUUGGCAACUUAGAAGACCACUUCCGUCUUGCUUAGACACUACUGAUUUUGCUCUGUAGCAGAUUGUUAGAACGCGACCAAUACAUUCACAGACAGGCUAAGGGACUGUGGAAUGCCUCAAGGGCAGUAGAAAUCGAAUAGAAGCAAAUAUCAACUCAAGUCUUGAGUGAUGACGGAGGUACUUUUUAAGUAUCAUGGAAAUCUCACUGGACGGGCUCAUUUUCCCACUCUGGCAACAGAGGCUGACACCACUUCAGACAAGUAUUCCAACCUGUACAUGUAUGUAGGGUUAUUCCUGAGUCUCCUGGCCAUUCUUCUCAUCCUGCUCUUCACAAUGCUUCUUCGGCUCAAACAUGUCAUCUCACCCAUCACUGAGAGCACUGAAAGUGUUCCUCAGUUUACAGAUGUAGAGAUGCAAAGUCGAAUUCCCACUCCUUAAAGUCAGGAUUAUGCUGAGACUUGGCGGAUAGAAGCAAACCCUGGCAUGCUGACAUCUAGGGAGGCUUCCUUUCUCACGUGAGACUUCCCACGUACCAACAAGCUGCUGUGUUUGAUGCUCGUCAUUCUGCUUCUUGGCUGUGCUUGUGGGACCUCUAAGAGGCUCAAGAGUCAUUCUUUUAACGGAAUAUGGGGAAAUAGCAGCUGGCUGGGCUGGCAGGUUUCCAUAGUAACCAGAGAGCCUGAGCCUUGAACAAACCUCAGACCACAGAAAUUCAUAAGCAGCAGUUGUUAAAACACAAGAUCCCUGGAAGCUGCAAAAGUGAACAAGACUUUACCUUUGAAUGUGUAAGGACCCCUCCCCCAGAAAAAAUGUCAGGCUUUAAUUUAUUACCUUAGCCCUAAAGAAUUGCUUCACACACAACACAGACAUCACCUGACAUGAAGCUAAAUCAUGCUACAGAUGAAUGGUAAGGAUUGUUCAUCUUUCCUCAAAAGAGCAUCAGAUUUCUUCAAAAUGAAAGAAGAUAUUUAAAGAACCUGUUACAAUUUAAAGAGAAAUUUUACAAAACAUUCUGGUGAAAAAAAUGUGUUUAUUGUGUCUGUGUUGUUACUAUGACUGAACUUUUUAAAACUCUGAUGAUUGCAGAUGUAUUACUACAAUCUGAGACAAGGAGCUGCCUCCAAAUCAAGGGAAAAAAUUAAGUCAAAUUGUUCUCAUAAUAAGGAUUUCUACAUUAUAGAUGCAGCUUCUUUUUUGCCCUCCCAGGAUUGAGUUGCACAUGAAUAUGAACUUGAUUUGAAGGCGGACUUGGCAAAGAAGGCCCAAGUGUAUUUCAAAGCAGAAAUGAAAUGGUCUUGCGAUUCUGUUACUGAGUGACUGUGACUUUGACUGAAGACUGCCAGCAUUCUGGGUCUCAAGUUUUUCUUGUUCAAAACUGUUCAGAGAGCUAUUUCAUCCUCAGUUUUUAGAUAUGCGCAUAAGACAAACUGAGAUGAAGGGAGAUAGGACUAAGAGUUACUCUGCAACAGAUUCUUUAUAAGAUCAAUGUCCUCAAACAUUACAUUUGUCUUUCCCAGAAAAUGCUCCUCCCUUCCUAAUCCCUGCCAAAAAAUGAAGUGUUUCGCUUAUUAUCUAUAAGAGAAAUAUAUUUUGAAAAUUUCCAUUCUCAUGAGUAGCUCUAGUGUGCCAGUAAUGGAUAAUUUAAUUAAAAAAAAAAAACUUGACUUUCCAAAGUGAAACCAAAGGAGACGAGUGACGUUUACAAAUUAGAAAUUGCAAAAUUAGUCAUAGUUUUGCCACCAAAGAAAUGGUAUAUCUGUCUUAGAUUUUACCUGCACGCACACGCACACACACACACACACACACAAAUAAGCUGCCCCUUGUAAUUAAAGCAUGGUCAUCAAAUUUCAAGUCCCCUUGGGGACUGAGGUGGUGGUAUUAAAAUGGACUGGAUGUGAAAUUCACGGCACCUGUGCCAGGCAUAUAUCUUUUUUGGUCUGUAACCAAUUUAGAUUGGCCCCUUUACUGUGAUCUAAAUCUAGCAUGGUGGUGAAAUUCCCAAGAGCGUUCUACUUUUAUACACAGUCAUUUGCCAAUGCUCUCCUCUCCAAGGGGCUGCACAGUGUAAAAUCCCCACAUGCAGAAACUGACUGCCACACCUGUUACAACUGUGCACCAUCAGUGAUAGCAGCUGCAUUCUCCAUGAUUCAUAAAAAAUUAUCAGGUAGGCUAAGACUUGGAUAAGACUUUGGGCGUUAUAUUUUCAAAGUGUACAGUCACUCUUACAGGAAUACAUAUUGGUAGGUUAGGUUGUGUCUAUAUCAAUACUUAGACUCCAUGGACUUUUAAAAUGUUUUACUUUUCACUCUACAUGGGCUUUUCCCAGGGCUGGCAAUUUAGCCAAGAACUUAAGGCCACAGGUAUCCCCUCAUUCCAGGUUCUCCUUCUGGUGUCCACAGUAUUUGAAUGCACUUUACAGUAGAAAAGUCAGUGGCUGGAAAAUAUUGGAUCUGCUUACACUUUGAACAACAGUGAACAGCAAGCUCCUUCGUGCCUUGCUGAAGCUGAUAAAGAUGUAGCCUGUGCAUGACCUAACCACCCCACCCCAAACAUUAGAAUAUUAAAACUGCUUUGGAAGUACUCCGUUAGGUGAUGAUUCCUAAUUUAUGAUGGUGUUGCUCACCAAGAAAACAACCACCCUCUUUCAUCACAGCAACCCCUAUGGGAUGCAGAUCUUAACUUAGCAUUAGCCAUGGCACACAGCAGAAAUUACACCAAAAUAGCAACAUAAUCCACCACAGUUUCAAGUGAUAUGACAUAAAUGGAAAUGCGUUUAAGCAGAUGUGUCAUUACGGUAACUCACACGGUAUUUAUUCUUUAAGAAAACAAAUGGAACGCUUUCAUGACGGCAAAGAAAAGAACAUCUCUAUUUCUUUUCAAGUAUAUUAUUUCCUCAAAAUGUAUUAGUAAGCAUAUUACUGCUUUAAAAGUCAGCUAUAAUAAUCAGUGGACAUUAAUUUAUUUUUCUGUGCAAAAUACAGACUUAACAAUUCCCUGCCCCACCCCAUUCUCCCUCAAUUUAUGUAUUAUCUGGGAUAUGAACAUUUAGGUCACUUACAUGUAUAAGUACUCUAUUUUAAGAAAAAUAUACACUUUACUGAACCAUAUGUAUAUUAAAAAAUGCUCAUAUAUCAACAAAUCCCAGCAAUUUAGCCUACUACAAACACCACCCGAAUUCUCCAAAUUAAAUACAAUAUUAUUAUGGGCACUACUAAAGAUGUACAUUGCAUAUAUUUCAGAAUCAUUAAUCAUAUGAAACAAGGCAUAUUGCAAAGGGUUAUGGAUUAUAUAUUGAGCAACAAAUGCUAAUGUUAAGCAAGUAAAGAUGAGUUUAUCCAGUCUAAACUUCCUAUUGAUGCCAAAUUCAAAAUAUUGGACAUCAGUAACUAAUUUUGAAUGUGCAGAUCCUACAAUACUUACUAAAUAGGUAGAAGGGGUCCAUUUAAUACAUUUAAAUAGUUACAUUAAGUAAUACGUUUUAUUCACCCACAUUUGUACAAGGUAACUUUGGUGUUUUUUGUUUUUUGUUUUACAAAAAUGAAGAGUUCUGUGGCAAAACUGGAACUUCUUUGAUUUUAAUUCAUUUAUAUUUGAAUUAGAUUCAUGUUGUAUUGAAAUGGAAUCAGAGUUAUAUUAAUAUUCAGCAUGUCGCUUUGAACCCUGGAUAAUAAAUGCUCUUUUGUUUGCUGAUAACAAAUGUGUGUCCUCUGAAGAUGUAAAUGGCAUUGCAUUAGCUUCUGUAUUGCAAUAUAAAUUAUAAUAACUGUGA